GCUAAAUGUUGAAUCAUUACAUAACAUGAAAUAAAUGAUUAUUUCGUUCUGAAUGCUCAACAGCUGCUGACGCUCAUAGCAGGUAGGGCCGGUGACGUCAUCAAGGUAGCUUCCUCUUGUGGCUGCGCGCUCAGCUCCUGGUGUUGUGGGUUCCAGGCUGCGAUGUCCUCCAGAGGCGUGUGUGAGGAGUGCUGCGUGUGUGGCGGACCCCUCCAGGGGAACCAACGACGAUGGCUGUUUGCCGGUCAGAACCGACGCGGGGGCAGCAGGGCUCCAACUCCCACUCCUUCGGAGUCCCAGAGAGGGGGGAGAUCAGCCUCAUCAUCCUUACAGAACAGCCCCUGGAGUAGCUCGUGGUCUCUGGGCUCCUCGGCCUCGCUCUCCCGGUACCAGCUGGCUCUGAGCUCCCCCGCCAAGGGCCUGGACCUGCUCGCCGUGCUGAGCCACAUCCUGGGUCGGACCGUACCACGGGGCGGCAGCCGCGGGGAGUUCCUGUGCGGUAAAUGCGUGGCCAUCCUGGAGCGAGUCUUCAAGUUCGACUCGGUGAUCGCCCGCGUCAAGGUGCUCUCCUCGGAGCGCCUGCAGAAGCUGAGGGAGCAGCGAGACCGCAUGGGCUCCUGGGUCCGCUACGCGUACGGCCGGGGCCCGGCGGGGGAAGGGGAGGGGCCCGGCGGCGGCGAGGAGGACGAGGACGGGGAGGGGCCGGGGUACAGGGAGAUGCUGCAGGACAACAUGUCCCUGUCGGAGUACGAGUGCUGGUCGGAGCGCUGGGACACCUGCCCCCACUUCGUCCGCACCGGCAAGCGCUGUGGGCGGGGCCCGGGCUGCGAGGGCUGCGAUUCGCUGCGCGUGUCCGACUCGGACUACGAGUCAGUGUGCGGCGUGCCCCGCCACCUCCCGCCCCACGUGACCUCCUCACUGGCCCUGUCCCGGAACAAGUCGAACAGCAUGCCCCUGCGCUGGUCCAGCCAAGCCUCGCUGGGCGGCUCCUCCCUCUCCUCGAGCCCCAGCUCCAGGACCAAGUCCGUCCAGUCGCUGGACUCCCUGGACAACGGCGGCGGCGGCGACGGAGGGGCGGACCCGUUUGACGGACCUGACGGCUACGUGGACCUGCUGCUCAAAGAGCUGAAGAACCUGGAGGGCAAGCCGGUCUGCUCGCCCUCAGGCAGUAGGAUCCCCCUCCUGGACAGGAGCGAAGGCCGCCCUCCCCAUCCGAAGAGAGCGCCGGUGGAGUCGUACACGGUGAACCGGAAGCUGAGCUUCGAGGAGAACGGACAGAACGGACAGGACGGGCAGAAGAAGGACAAGGGGACGAGGGAUGUUCCCCUGGAUCUGGCUGAUGACUUCCUGCCUCUCCAUCUCCAGGGGGCUGCCGGGCGGCUGCAGCAGGCCCUCGGGCAGCUGGGAGGGCGGCUGGACGAGGUCCUGAUCCAGACCCAGUCUGCCCAGCUGGGACCUCCAGGGGACUCUGAACCCCCACAGAACCCGGGGAUCAACGGCUCAGAACAGGUGUGGUUGGCGACGCUGCGCUCUGACUGCCGGGCAGGGUGGAGGGUGGAGAGGGAGAUGGAGGAGAUGAGGAGGGUGGGGAGAGAGAGAGACGGGGACCUGCACACCCUCUCUACCGUGCUGCAGUACAACCAGGACCUGAUCAAUGACCUUCGUCUGACCCUCCGAGAGAAGGACGGGGUUCAGGAGGACUGGGAGAAGGAGAGGGAGGUGUGGAGGAGCCGAGAGGAGGCGCUCACUGCCCUGCUGCGGGAGAAGGAGGCUCUGCUCCUCCGCCAGAAGGUGGUGCUAGAGUGCUCCCACAGGGAGGUCCUGGAGCUGACAAACUCUGUGAUUGGACAGGGGAUGUCAGGGGGCGGAGCGGAAGUUGCCUUAGCCAAUCAGCUGAGGGAGAAGGAGGUCUUGCUGGCUGCGUGUCUGAAGGACAGAGAGGACAUCAGUACCACCUUGUGGAAGGAGAUCAACAAGAUGUCUGCUGCUCUGCAGGAACAUUCUGAAAUACACAAGAAACAGAGGGAGUGCCGCAGUGUGGCGAUAGGAGGAGGGGAGCAGAGGGAGGAGGAGCCGAGAGAGGUGGAGGAGGAGGAGCGGAGGAGGGAGGAGAGCCGAGAGCGGCGUGGGCUUGAGCGGGAGCUGAAGGAGGUGCAGCGCAGCUUGGAGAGGGAGAAGGAGGAGCGAGAGAGGGAGGAGAGGAGACUGAACGAGGCUCUGGAGAUGAGAGACAGGCUGAUAGAGAAAAUCCUGUGGGAUUCAGCGGAGAGGGACCGACUCUUUAGAGACGUGCAACAAAAUCUGCUGAAUACAUCGGGAUCUGCUGUUCAAUACACUUAAGAAGGUUAUUCUACUCAUGAAGUCACUUUAGCAAGUGCUAACAUACUUUAUUAUAGUUACUUACAGUACUGAACUCUAUAAUUAAAUAAUUUGCACAUUCAAUUUAUUUGGGGACUGUUGGAUGGGGACUGUUGGAUGGGGACUGUUGGAUGGGGACUGUUGGAUGGGGACUGUUGGAUGGGGACUGGUUGUUGGGUAUGCCUAGUUCUGGAAAAUUUGAAAGGUACUUUAGUUAGUUAAGAAAAUCAUUAUUGGAGACUUUUUGAUGGGGAAUGUUUGUUAACGAAUGUUUGUCAAUAGAAUGAUGGUUACUAAUAGUUCAUUGGGGUAUGUUUGCUAAGAGAAUGAUUUUUUUACUAACUGUUCAUUAGGGUAUGUUUGUUAAGAGAUCGAUUGUCAGGGAAUGUUCAUUAAUGAUGGUUGGUUGGAGAAUUUUCUUUCAAAGACAGUUUUGCGCCUUCCUAGUCUUAUAAGGUGUUGUAAAGCAACUCCAAAUAUUUAAAAGUAUAUCCAAUCGAACUGCAGAUGAAUUGAAUCACUGUUGAUUUUUAAGUGAAUGGGAACUAGGGGCAGUUACCGAAUUCAAUUCCAUGGGAUGCGGACCUGAAUCCGGUUGUUACCAUGGGAGCGGUCUUUCCAGAAGGAAUCCUCCUUCUUUAAGUUGCUAUGGAACUCGGAACUCUUGUUUGGAACCUGUUUGCCCUUCAGAGAACAAGCAAGGGGGGGUCGGCCUACACACUCUUGACCAAAGUAAUUUAUUAAUACACUUUCUCCUGCCUAAUUUAGCGUGCCAAGUUUUUAAUACCUGUUUGAAUGUGUUGGGUUUGUGGCAUUUAAUUUCGUUGAAUUAAAGGGAAUAAAAUCCUCUGACCAACA